AUGACGUCUUUGUCGACAGCAGCGCGACCCGUACUAGGGAAGCAGUUACGAGAUGCCAUAUCGGAGUUCUCAAACGUUCUGAACGAAAACCAACGUACAGAGCUGAAUCAAUUGGCGCCCGUUCCCGACACUGACGCUAUCCUUGUCUUCACUGCGCAACUAGACUCUUCAAGUCGUGAUCGGAAAGGGCGCAGCUUUGCUAGCAGACUUCACACAACUCUCCUAGCAGUCCGAAACUUCUGCACCGUUGUAGAUGUGUUUGUAUCGUCACACCCUGAGAUUGCAGCUCUAGUAUGGGGCAGCGUACGGCUAACUAUGCUGGUUAUCUCGAAUUACGCGUCUUACUACGAGGCGACUUCCGAUUUGUUCUUGAGAGUGGGCAGGCUAUGUCCACUUUUUGAUGAAUAUCUGGCCUUAUAUCAGCACUCAAGACGACUGCAGGAGAGAUUGAUAGACUUCCACACAGCAAUUGUCCACUGCUGCAAACAUGUAGUAGAGGCUGUGCGGCGCCCAUGGCAAGAGCAGAUGUUACGCGCUUUCUGGAAUUCUUUCGAACAAGAAUUCAAGCCAGACAUAGAAAGUAUCCAGACAUGCAGCGACUGGGUGAAAGAAGAAAUAGCUCUUGCCCAGGCGCAAGCUGCUUUCUUAGAACGAGAAGAACAAUCGAAUAAUCGAUCCGCGACACAGAAACUCCUAGUACAAAUUAAUCAAAAUGUGACCAAGACACGCCAGUCGCAAAGAAAGGUCAUGGAGCGAAAGACACAGAAACGGAGGCAGCAGCUCCUGAGAUCCCUUUCUACCUACGACCACCUAAGGCUGUUCAAACAAAGCUUACUGAAGCAAUAUGAAAAAACGACAGAUUGGAUCUUCGAUACACCUGAAUUCCAGCAGUGGCUCGUUGGAACUGUUCCUCUGCUUUGUUGCUUUGGAAAGAACGGUUGCUACGUGAGUGCUCCUACCACUCUUGAGUACGGCUCCAGGUUAACUGCGAAAUAUAGAGCUAGUUUAGUCCGCCAUAUUCUCUCCAAAAAGGGUUCGGAUUCCGUCGUAUCAUUUUUCUUCGUGGAAUCAGGCAAUCAAGAAUCCCUUCGUGCUGACACUAUAAUACGAUCCAUUCUACGACAAAGACUAGUCUCACCUCAAAUUCCUCGACAAGUCAUGGAAGAUCUUGAAAACCUCGACUCGUUCACUGGACUGGAUAAGUUUGUUGAUCUUCUACGAAUUAUGAUGCCGCCCCCGACACCGUCCUAUGUUGUCAUUGAUGGUCUUGAUGAGUGCGAAAAUCAAGAUCGGUCCAGACUGUUAGUAGCUCUAUCCCAGCUUAUUGACUCAAGAGAAAACAUCCGAAUAUUUCUUUCCAGUCGCGAUAGCGUUCAUGGGGAAAUACGGAAGACUUUUAAAACUUAUAAAUCUUUUUCUAUGGAUUGUCCCUCUGGACAUGAUGCCAUCUCGAUAUUUAUCAAUGACAUUGUACGAAACAAGAUCCAGAACGAAGAGCUCAGUAUUGGGGAUCCUUCGCUGGAGGAAGACAUUAAACUAACACUUGCCCGUGGUGCUCAGGGAAUGUUCCUCUGGGUUACCUUUCAGCUGGACGAGAUUUGUGCACAACAUUGCGACAAAGAUAUUCGCGAUACUCUUCAAGAUCUUCCCAAGAGCUUAACGGAAAUCUAUUGUCGAGUACUUAGACGAAUUAUGUUCCGUGGGCAUGGAAGGGCAGCGCAGAAAAUCUUUUCUUGGCUUUCUGUUUCCAAGCAGUUGUUAUCUCUGAGCCAACUGCGUGAAGCAAUUGCUAUCGAAAUCGGCCAGAAGCACUCAAACCCCGAAACUCUCUAUAACGAUAUGAAAAACAUCACAUCAUGGUGCGAAAAUCUUAUUCAAGUUGACGAAGAAUAUCAACUAGUUCAAUUUGCGCAUUCGACAAUUAUGAAAUUCUUCAUCGAGGAACCUCUUGAUUCCACGUUAAUGGAAUUUCAUAUUGAUGUCUGCGAAGCUGAUCAUGAUGUAGGCGAGAAGUGCAUCACGUACCUUAACUUUAGCGACUUCCAAACGGCAGUUACUCAACGAGUCAAGCCUGUUUUCAAACCUAUAGCCAAACCUAUAGUUUUGCCUGAUACCUCUCGGCUCGUCCAAUCAGCACUAGGGUCAUCGUCGAAGUCUGCCUCACUUUUGAGCAAGCUACGCCCUGGGCUCGCUUCGAGAUCCGUUGACUUGAGCUCUUUCCAGAGCCUCACAGACAAGAACUCUACCAGCUACCAGAACCUUUCCCUUGCGUAUCCAUUCUUGGAUUACGCAUCAACCAACUGGAUUUGGCACACAAGGAACUUCCAGAAGGAGAAAUCAAGAACCUGGAGCCUAUGGGAAAGAAUGGUCAUUGAUGGUCAUGACAGGGCUAAAGCUUUGUGGGAAGACAAUAACUUCGACGCGAAUGGUCACAUUCUAGAUUGGGCAUAUGAUGCUCGGCAUUACGCAAUAAUUCGUCUUAUCAACAAUUCCGGACAACUGACUCAAUAUCGAGCAUCUCAAAUCAUUAUCGACUCCAUAGUGAAUAAUAACGACAAGAUUCUAGAGAUCCUUCUAAGCGGCCCCGAGCUAUGUAGAAGGAUUGAUUACAUCCUACGAAGAAUAACCACGGUCGACUCUCCUUCAAUACAAGAAGUCGAUCCCAACGCACGAGAUAAUAACGGCCGGACUGCGCUGUGGUGGGCUGCAUCUCACGGAGAAAAGGAGAUGGUUGAAAUACUCCUUGCCAUGGAGGGAGUCGAUGCUUGCCUGGAAGAUUUGUCGGGUACGACACCGGCAAUAGCAGCAAAUAAGGAGGGACACAAAGGUGUAGAAAAGCUAUUCGAGAGGCGACCACGUCGGUUGGCCGUCGUUGCAGGCCGGGUUAUCCGCGACCUUGCCUAA